AUGGCUAUCUUUAAUCUAGGCAACACGCACCUCAAACUACCCCCCGACCGCAUCGCCCGGCACGAUCUCGUAAAAGCACACCAAAACUUCGCCAAAGCCCUAAACUACCUCAAAAACGACCCGUCCACCCCACCGAAGCAAGUCUCGCGCCUCUGCCAGAAGCUCAUGGAGACCUCGAUCCGCCUCAGCAUGACUGCGCGCGAAAGCGCGGCGCGCAAACAGCAUGCUGACCAGGGGCGCGAGUACGCCAAAACGGCGCUGGAGAACGCGCGGAAGUGCGAGGAUGAGUGCAUGGUUGCGCAGGCGGAGUUCAUGCUUGCGUGCGUGGGGGCAUGGAAGGUGUAUGUGGCUGCGAGAAUGAGUAGGGUGGAGCCGAGUAGUCAUCCGAAACGGGAGGGUGCUGAGGUACUGCUGGAGCAGAGGUUGGAGGAGUUGAGACGGUUCCCGCAUUUGGAUGUAGAAGUUUAUGAGGCGCAGGCGAGAAAGUAUCUAGGGUAUUUGAGGCCGAGAUGA